AUGGAGCCUCUGCCCUUGGAGCUCUCUUCCCCGGCGCGCAGCUGCGCCAGCGCCCGCCGGGGCUCCGGACCUUCCCUUCUGCUCAGAGGGAGAGGGCCCAGAGGGCCCGGAAAAAGAGGUGCGUGCGUCGCUCCUGUCUCCGUCGGCUUCGGCCUCGCUGUGGGACUCAGGGCCCACUCGCACAGAAGGCUGUCGAAGCCUGCCUUACGCGCCGGCAAAGGUUCCGAUCCGAGGAACCCCUUCACUGAAUGGAGGGACUCUGGCUAUGCAAUUCCAGGCAUCGAUGGCAAGCCCGAGAACUAUUCAGGGGAGGACUGGAUGUUCGGCAUGCGCGAGGCCCUCGGCGGCAAAGAGCGGGAGCUCCAGGACGAGGCCAACGCUCUGGCGCACCAGGUCGCCAAGGCCGAGCAGCAGCAGGCUGCGCUCUCGGAGCGCCUCACCGGCGCCGAGGAGCGCGAGGGCCAGCUGCGGGAGCGCCUCGCCGAGGAACAGGAGCGGGCCAGAGUCGCCCAGGAGAGCUACGAGGAGCUCGCGGAGCGCGUGGAGCAGGCACAAAUCGAGAGGGACCUCGCGCUGGGCGGCAAAGACAGCCGCGAGGAGCUUGAAAGGAAGAUUGAGGAAAUGAAGGAAGGGCAGCUGAAGUUGGAACGGGAGCUGUCGGAGUCCAGGGCCAGGGAGGCUGAACGGGCCGGGGAGCUGAAGGAGAAGGAGGUGGAGCUCAUCACCGUCCGCCGGGAGAAGGUCGUACUUACAAAAGAGCUCGCGGAUGCCAAGAAGCGGGAGAAGGAGCUGGCUGCGCUGCUCGAGCAAGCUCAGCAUCAGAUCCUGGAGCUCACCAGCGAUGAGGCCGGAGAGAUUUUGGCCGACAUCGACCUCGAGGCCCUGACAGCAUCAGGUGUGCCGCCACCUCCCGCCCCAACGAAAGCCCCACCUCCGCCACCUCCGCCGGGCAAGGCGGGACCUGCCAUGCCGGUGCCGCCCAAGCAAAGAGCCCAGGCUGAGGCCUCCACGCCGCCCCCCCCACCAACCCGCCCUGCGGCCCCUCCUGCGGCCCCGCCUGCCCCACCAAAACCCAAGCCCAAGUCCAAAGCGUCCAUCCCUGGUCCGCCACCCUCGCCCCCUUCCUUGUCUUCGCUUUCGAGCAAGGCGCCCCCCAGACCCCGAGGCAAAGCGCCACCCCCACCCCCGCCGUCCCCACCAUCCCCACCAUCCCCACCCCCAAGUCCCAAGGCCAAGGCCAAGGCCCCGCAGAAGUCGAUGGGCCGGGAGCUUUCUGGGAUACCGCCCAACCCAUUUCCUCUCUCUGUACUCCACUUCGCUGAGGCCGCACCUGAUAGCUUUGCUGCCGCUGCGCUGCCACGUCUUGCAGCUCUUCGGUUGCGCCUGUGCUGUUCGGGCCGAGCACAUCGAAGGGGAGCUCCGGUCCGCACAAAGCAAAAAGGCUUUUGCAUCUCCUGGCGGUGCUUGCAUGUCUCGAACCUUUUGCGCCUCUUCGCCACUCUGCACCUCACCUUCCCAAUUCGCUUUGACUUGAGCUGUUGCUUGAGACACGCCCGGAGUCUUCUCCUCUUCUACCAGUAG